GAAGAAGAGAAUAUUAUUGUAAUCUUCUUGUAAUAGAGAGAAACUGCCAACCCUUUCAUCCAACACCUUUCUUUCUUUCUUUGUUAUGAUCCCAUCUGAUCUGCUGCACUAGAGAUUCACCCAUGGCUGCAAAACCUUAUGGUGGAGCUUACCUCUCUCCCUUGGUUGAGGUUGUUUUGGAUAACCUGUCUUCAAUGUUCGAAGAUGACUCUGUCCUCAACGGAAACCACUCUGCCCUUGAGUUGCUUGGAAGGUUGCAGAAUUGUCUGUAUAAUGUUGGACCUGUUCUUGAUGAUGCUGAGCUGAAGCAGUUCAGUGACAAGAAAGUGAAGGAGUGGCUUGCUGAUCUCCAAGAUGCUCUCUAUAUGGCCGAUGACUUGCUCGAUGAGAUCUCCACUAAAGCCGCCAUCGCUGCCACUAAAAGGGAUGCAGGUAACUCUUCUUCCUGGUCUCAUCUUGUUGAUUCAUAUAUAGAAGAUACUGGUGACAUAGAAAAAAUAGUUCGAAGACUAGAGACUGUCGUAGCAGGCAAAAUUUCACUUCCUCUGAAGGAGGUUGCAAAGUUGGACAUGUCAUGGAGAUUUCCAUCCACAUGUCUUGUUGAACCACCGGAGAUAUGUGGCAGGAAAGAAGACAAGGAGGCCAUACUGAAACUGUUGUUGGAUGAUGAUGAUGCUGGUGAUGGUGAUUUAUCUGUCAUUCCCAUUGUGGGCAUAGGCGGAAUAGGAAAGACUACUUUGGCCCAGUUGGUUUACCACGAUGACAAAGUGAAGGAGAGUUUUGAUUUUCGAGGUUGGGUUUGUGUGUCGGAAGAGUUUAAUGUUGUCAAGGUCACCAAGACUAUAAUUGAGGCAAUAGUUUGGUGGCGUUAUGACUUGACAGAUUUGAAUUUACUUCAGCAUGAUUUAAAAGAAGAGUUGUCGAGGAAAAAGUUCUUCAUUGUCUUGGACGAUGUAUGGGAUAAAAAUUAUGAUGAUUUGAAUAGGUUUCUAAAACCUUUUCAGAAAGGGGUUAAGGGAAGUAAAAUUCUCAUAACUACAAGAAAUAAAAAUGUGGCUUCUGUAGUGCAGACUAUUUCACCUCAUGAACUGAGUCCAUUGUCUGAUGAAGAUUGUUGGUUGGUGUUUUCAAAGCAUGCACGUCUUUCAACUAUUUCUUCGGAGAAUCCAACCCUGGAAAAAAUCGGCAGAGAUAUGGUAAAGAGGUGUGAUGGAUUGCCCUUGGCAGCUCAAGCCCUUGGAGGCUUAUUGCGUGGAAAUUCGGAUAUCAGGUCUUGGAAUCAUUUACUAAAGAGUGAAAUCUGGGAACUUUCAGAUGACAAGACAAAUGUUGUUCCAGCGUUAAGAAUAAGUUAUUAUUUUCUUCCUUCAUAUCUGAAGCAGUGCUUUAUUUAUUGUUCCUUGUAUCCUAAGAACUAUGAAUUUAGCAAGGAUGAAUUGAUAUUGUUAUGGAUGGCUGAGAAUUUUUUGCAACCAGUGGGUAAAAAGACUGUGGAAGAAGUUGGUGGUGAAUAUUUUGAUGAAUUAAUUGCGAGAUCAUUUUUCCAACCUCACAAUUCCCGCGAAAAGAUAUUUGUGAUGCAUAAUCUUGUGCAUGAUUUAGCAAUGACGUGUGCUGGAGAAUUGUAUUUCAGAGCCAAAGAGCUUCGGAAUGCAGUUGAGGUUGAUAUUAAAGCUCGUCAUUUGUCACAUAAUGCCAAAGGCAAUUAUCCAAUGUCAAAACUUUUGGGAGUUUGCGAUACGGUAAAACAUACAAGGACAUUUCUUGAAAUCAAUUUGGAGACAUGGAUCCCAUUUAACAUAGAAAACGCAACUUGUAUCUUGUUGUCACAGUUGAAGUACCUGAGAGCGCUGUCGUUGAAACGCUUUCCUCUUGAGUCAGUACCUGAUUCAAUAGGUGAGUUGAUUCAUUUGCGUUACUUGGAUAUCUCUGAGACCAAGAUUGUGACAUUGCCAGAGUCAUUGGGUAACCUAUACAAUUUGCAGACCUUGAAGUUGAAUACCUGUGGGAGUCUGAUAACGCUACCUGUUGGCAUGAAAGACCUUGUAAAUUUGCGUCAUCUUGAUAUUUAUGGGACUGGGUUGUAUGAGAUGCCGAAAGGCAUGAGCAAUUUGAAAAGUUUGCAGUUUUUAAGUACUUUUGUUGUUGGAAAGCAUGAAGAAAACAAGAUUAAAGAAUUGGGAGCACUUGCAGGUCUACACAAAUCAAUUUUCAUUUCCAAAUUGGACAAUGUGGUGAACAGCAGUGAAGCUUUGGAGGCAAGAAUGUGUGAUAAGGAUGGCAUUGAUUCUAUGAUGUUGACUUGGUGGUGGAGUAGAGAGAAUAGAGUUGAUUCCGAAAUGCAAAGAGAUAUACUUGACAAGUUACGACCUCACACUAAUGUGAAAGAGUUAGAUAUGUGGGGUUACAGGGGUACAAGAUUUCCAGAUUGGGUGGGACAUUCUUCCUACCACAACAUCACCAAAAUAAGACUGGAUGGUUGCAGGAGUUGCUGUAUGCUUCCUUCAUUUGGACAGUUGCCCUCGUUGAAGCACCUAUCAAUUUCACAUUUUAAAAGUCUGGAAAGUGUGGGUGCUGAGUUUUACUUUAACCAGAAUGGUGAAUCUUGUUUGGAGACACCACCAUUCCCAAUGCUUGAAACUCUUAAGUUUGACUCAUUGGAUUGCUGGAAGGAGUGGCGUUCAUUGGAGUUCAAUGCGUUUCCGAGACUUAGGGAGCUUUCAAUACAGUGCUGUCCCAUGUUGAUACGAGAUUUGCCCAAUCAUCUACCAUCUUUGCAAUCACUUACUAUUGAGGGUUGCGGGCAGCUGAGGUGUUGUGUUCCAAAAGCUCCUGCAAUGACCUCUUUAAGCAUAUUUGUAUACGGGAAUGAAGUGAGAAUUAGAGAGCUACCUCCUUUACUGCGUCAACUAUCAAUUGGAGGAAUCGGUCAGGAGCCAAGUGUGAAGGCCAUAAUGCAUAUGCAACUGAGUUGCCUCACUUCUUUAUGCAUCUCACAUUGUUCCUCCCACAUAUUGUUUCCAGUGAGUGCUAUUCCCCCAUCAGUACAAGAGUUGACGAUCGAUAAUUGUGGAGAAUCAUUUGAAUUCCAAAUGGAUGGGCAACAUCACUCGCUGCAGAAACUAUCAAUAGGGAACAGCUGUGAUUCACAUACAUCCUUCUCGUUAUUGGAUGCCUUUCCAAAUCUCGUGAGUGUUCGUAUCAGCGGUUGCCAAAAGAUGGAGUCUCUUGUGGUGUCACGCUCUCUUUCUUGUCUCCUUUCUUUAUAUAUCUUCUUUUGUGGGAGUUUGAAAUCUGUGUCAACGCUAUGGAUGGCAGCACCUCAGCUUGAGAAACUCUCAUUAGUGGAUUGCCGAGAGAUUGAUUUGUCUGAUACAGGGCAUCCACACCGUAGCCUGAGAUAUCUUGAAAUCACCUACAGCGAGAAACUAGUGAGCUCUGCAGCAUUCAUGCAUCCGCAGUUUCAUGGGAUUACUAAUCUUAUCUUUUGUUUUGAAGUUUCUGAUUACAGUGAGUGUGUGAAGAGCUUCCCAAAGGAAGGUUGGUUGCCUGCCUCCCUUGAGUCCCUCACAAUUAAAUGCCUUAGCAGUGUGGGGACUUUGGAAUGCAAGGGACUUGCCCACCUCACCUCCCUCCAGGAACUAAGUAUUGACUAUUGUGUCAAGUUGGAGAAUAUUGAGGGAGAAAAGCUGCCUGCCUCUCUAAUAAAACUCGGCAUCUAUGAUAGCCCUUUGCUGGCCGAACGAUGCGAGAAGAAGGAUCCACAGAUUUGGCCCAAAAUCUCCCACAUUCCCGCCAUUCAAGUUGAUCGCAGAUGGAUUUGGUAA